AUGUCCAAAAUAAGGAAAACUCUGAAAUCAAUAAUCAGAGAGAAAAUGGCGUGUGUGACACAACGGACGUCCAGAAUUGUCUACGUUCUAUUUCAUUUGAUCGGCAGUCUUGUUAUUUGCGCCAAUGCAGACGUAAUAACUAAUUGCUCCAACGCCGCUACUUGUAUUAGAACCUAUGCUGACAUCUACAAUUCCUUAGCAUCAGAUGAGAACAGUUUUAACAUUUCAUCCGCCUUGUAUCCAGCAAAUGAGCCUUCCUCAGUUCUUGUCUUCGUCAAUAUAUCUGUUCAGAUUGGACCUGAUAAAACAGGCGACAAUGGUGUAAGGGAAUACACAUGGAGUUUGAGAAGCCUUUAUGCUGCUUUUCCUGCUGUUUUCCUUGAGAUCUCAUCCCUUUCCUCAAUACUGGUGACCGCACGCACGCGAAACCUAACCAUCACAAUUCCAUACUUUUGCUGCAAUGUUUCAGAGGAAGACAGGAAUAAAAGGAUUAAAGAUGUACUGGCUGCCCUUCAAGACCUUGCUGUAAUUCCUGGCUUGCGAGAUCCACGUUUGAAUUUUGCAGAAUCCGUCAUAGAAGGGCACACCCCAGGCAUGAACACUACUGGACGUUCUUACUUAAGGGUAGUUUUGUGGUUUUCUUUCCUGUCUCCCAUGAUUUUGGGUCCAUUUUUAUAUUUUUGGGUGUUACAAUAUUUAAAAGAUGAUACUCAAGGUAGUUCACUCUUGGAGGAUUGCGAUGGAAAACGUUAUAAGUGUAAAUAUAUUUGUUGUGGUAAAGAAAAACCACUGAUACGUUCAGUAACUAUAUUUUGUUGCGUCCUGUUGCUGAUAGAGGUUAUAUUUGUUUCUGUAAGUGUGAGUGAAUCUACCGAAAUUUCAAGAAGAGGAAAUUUGUCGAGUGUUUUUUAUGCACUCAUUGUGCUUAUACCAGAGUGGUUAAUUAUAUGUUGUUCUAACUGCCUUUGUUGUGCAGAUUUGGAUAUCAGUUCAUUUUUCAGCAGAUUACUGCUUAUCAUGUGCACUAGCUUUGUUAGUUACCAUUUCAGCUGGGUUGCAGUGGGUAUCAUGGUUAAUCCAGCUUGGGGCGUGUCUAUUUUGCUGAUACUUUCCUUUUUUUUCAUUACCUUAUUUUUUGUAAUCAAUGAAACAACCCACUCAGAUGACUCCUGCCUUUCCACCUUUUUCGCAUAUACACCUGGCUUCCUUUGCGUUGUUGUUGUUGUUCCUCCAUUAUUAGUUGGGCAGUCAUUUUAUGGCAGGGAAACUGCAGAUGAUAUUCUAAAGGUAGUAUUAUUGCCUGUUAUCGGUGCUGUGUCAUGGCUGUCCUUCAAAUCCCGCAGAACUUCCUCAGAUACUUCACAGUUUAUUAAGGCUGCAAAGGAAGUAGCAGCAGCAGCGAAGGCUCUGGCCGAAAAAAUAACUGUAGCUCAGCCUGAUGGGACUGGGGUUGAUUCUGUAAUUGCGAGAGCUGCUACAGCUACAUCCUCUGCAGCUGUUGCAACUGCAGCGGCGGCUGAAGCUGUUGCUGUUGCUUUGGCUGCAACUGAGACUGAAAAUUCAAACACUAAAGCCGUGCGACGUAGGGACAAAUUAAGCAAUGAGAGAGUUCCCCUGAACGAAAUGAAGUAAAGUGCCUCUGAACGUUAGAAAACCGAGUCCCCAUCUUUGAAUCGAUGUUGGUCUGCUUCCCCACUUCCCCAUCCUCUCUCUUGCCUUUCGUGCACACUAUCUAAAAAAUUUAAUCCUUAUCUUCUUGCCUUAGUUUUAAUGGUGGUGACCUAACUGUUUAUAUAAGAGUACCAAGCGUUCGCUCGUCAUGCAAAAAAUGCUCCUGCUUCAUAUUAAGGACAAAUAAUGAUAAUACAAUAGUUUUAGCUAGAGAUAAAAUUCAGUCCUAGGGGCUUAUGUGGACUACUACGUGUUUGACUUCAGUUUGCUUGCUCCUAGAGAGCUUUAGUUCUUAUUUCUUAGUUUACAACAUGAUAUCGAUUUCCUGUGAUGUAUUUGGUACACACCUUGUUGAUUUAGACUUCAUAGGAAUAAAAGUAUGAAAGCAAAGAUAUUUUAUUAUCUUGUUCAAUCGUACAUUCGAACCUCCACUACGGCGUGACUCUCGUUGAAUAUGACAAUCUCAUUCAUCCUUACUGAAAUAAUUUCUCAUCUCCCUUUGACGGCCAGCUUUCUUCGACAUCCAGCAGUUUCCUCUGCCCUUAAAGUGGCCGUAGUGGAAAAGUUCGACCGUAUCUACUAUCAGUAGCGUUUGAACACAUAAGAAGGAAAACGUUUUGUAACCAUAGAUCAUACAGCAUAUCAGAUUGAUGCAUUUUGAAUUCAUCUCUUAAUGCAAUUGUUUAAAUAACUAUUCCUUUUUUUCUUCUUUGUAAUUAGUGCUAUGAUUCACCAAGACUUGGACGUUUAUCAUUAAUAAAAUAAUCCGUCAACAUUGCAAUAGUGCCAGUUUU